CACGAUCAUGACUUCCAUCCCGGUCGAUCUCAUUUUUGAUAUACUCUCGAGAUUACCCGAAAAGUCAAUCGCGAGGUUUCUCUGCGUAUCGAAGCUAUGGGGGUCCAUUGUUUGCGGUCCAUAUUUCACCGAAAUGUUCUUGACUAGGUCCUUGGCUCGUCCACGUCUGUUAUUCGUAGUCGUACGAUGCGACGAGUGGAGCUUCUUCUCAUCGCCUCAUCCUCAGAAUCCAUAUGGGAAAUCGUCUCUUGUAGUAGCUGCCGAUUUUCAAAUGAAGUUAUCUAAAGGCGUCAGCCGACACUCUUGUAGCUAUGCUAAUGGUUUGAUCUAUUUCCCUAGUAUGUGGAUCUCAAAGGAGGAGUACGAUGAAGAAGUGCGUAUGAUAUGUAACCCUAGCACGGGACAAUAUGUGAUCUUGCCUAAAUUACUGAGAAGGUACGGACUGUUAGAAUUUGUGUCCAUGAUUAAAUCUUGUAAUAUCAUAUAUGUUAUAGUUUCAAUGGCUUCUACAAUUAUACAAGAGCAAAAACACCAACACGGACAGGCGGGAAAUUUUUUAGGGUUUGAUCCGGUUGACAAGCAAUUCAAGGUAUUUUCCAUGUCUUAUGCAUAUGAUGAUCAUCAUAUUUUGACACUAGGAACUGGAAAAAUGAGUUGGAGGAAGAUCCAAUGUGCCUUAACCCAUAAUCGUUGUGGUGAAGGAGUAUGCUUCAAUGGGGUUGUUUUUUACUUAGCUAAAAAAGCUGAUGACGGGUCUUAUGUGAUAGUUUGCUUUGAUAUUAGGUCUGAGAAAUUCAUGUUUAUAGAAGCAAAACACUUUUGUGAUACAUCAAAUGCACAUUUGAUAAACUACAAGGGUAAAUUAGGUGGGAUUAGUUUAAAGUAUGCUUGUGAUGGUGGAUUUCCCCUUGAGUUAUCUAUGUGGGUUCUAGAGGAUGUUGAGAAACAUGAAUGGUCUAAAUACGUCUACACUUUGCGGGCUGAGAAUAAAGUCGUUAAGGUUAAGAAUAAUCUUUCUGUUGUUGGGACGACUGCUAGAGGUGAAAUUGUUUUGUCGAAGAAUAAAAGUAAUAUCAUCAUAGACACUAUUAAACCGUUUUAUGUUUUCUACUUCAAUCCCGAAAAGAACACUCUACUAAGUGUUGAAAUCCAAGAUUUUGGAGAACGCCAUGAAUGGUUUAUGGGUCAUAAAGUUUACGCUUUUGUAGACCAUGUAGAGGAUCUUAAGUUUAACAUAAUGAAGACAACAUUUGCUGCAACAUCUAUAAGCCCACCAGAACAGAAGCGUAAAGCCACAAGCACAUCAACGUCAUCUAUAGAAAAUCAUCAAAUGAGGACCGUUGCUCACCUGCAAAAAGAUCGUCGUACGUUUGAGAGCGUUAACAUAUUUGAUGUUCUGUGUAUUUCAGAUGAUGAUGGUUCUACCGGUGUCAAAACCUGAUUGCUCCCCAAGUCAGCUAAAAGUUAUCAAAUUCGAGCCAUAGCCAUGGCUUCCUAAUAUUCUCCCUUUGUCGCCUCUGAGUGUGACACUUCUUAUUUACUUGUUUCGUGUGAGCUUUGCUUAUUGUGUUAAAUUUUACUUGGAGCAAACUAAUGUUUUAUCAAAAGUUUUUUAAAGACCUCUGGAGUAUUCUUGUUUUCUCUAACUUACGCUGGCAAAAACAUGUUUCAAGUGAUAUUUUGUAGAUAAGCUUUCUUUACGUGUAGAAAAUUGGAUUAUCCAAAAUGCUAAGCUUCGGCUGAAAUAAUCGAAAUGAUUGGUUUUGUAAUCCUUAAUUUCUAUUGAUUAUAUUAUCUUGUAUGAUUGCAAAGUAAAUAAAAACUGAAAUUUAAUGAUUCUAUAUAUCAAUUUAAGAGGAGUCUACAACCAAUAUAGUUCACCUAAAUCCAAAUAUAAAAAUCGAAACAGAAACUAAUCUAUACCAAAAAAUGAAGCUAAAACUACCAAAAAGACUACCAAAUCCAAGUCUAGUAUGAAACUGAAGUUAAAUCCCUAUGCUUGCUAAACCAAAAACACCAAAUCAAAGUCGAAUCAAAAGUUGUUCAGGGAAUUUCCGAUGAAAGCGCUCAUCGGGAUGACCAAUUUUUGGGCAGGAUGCAAUCGUUUCCGUGAACACUACAUGGUGGUGUAUUGUAUUGUCAAAAAUCGAGUUCUUUUGAAUAAGAAAUGGAAGUAUGAAGUGGCUAGCUCGGAUAGCUUGUAAUUUGACUAAAUGAUCAAAUGUCGCAUUUCGAAAAUUAAAGGAAAAAUCCUAACUAGACAUAUGUGCUGAACCGUGUGUAUCAUGCCGAGCCAAACCGGGUUUAAGACUUGAGAUUUAGAGAAUGAGCUUACAAUCCACAUAAUCAAUUAUUAUUUACCCUAAUGUGUUUUAAGUUGAAUACGUCAACAACUAUCUCAUUUUAAAUGUGCGGUGUGGCAAAAAUCCCUAUAAAAACUCGAUAUAACUUAGACCAAAAUUUUCAUUAUAUUAUAUAUAUGGCUAUAAGAACUCGAUAAAAUGCUGUUUUAAUUAUUAAUGGUACUGAUUUAGUCCAAUAUCUUUUAACUUGUUUGGUUAAACUCAAAUUUCUGACUUGAUUUUCUACUUACAAUCUCUAAUUUGCUUGUUGUGCCGAUACCAAUUUGAAAAGUUGGGACCAUAUAUUACUCUCGCAUUGCAGGCUGCUCCCAUGAUUUAGUCUUCGAUUCUCAAUCUUCUU